AUAAUGUUCACUUUGUUUCCGCCAACUCAGAUAAUACUUUCAUAUUUUCCUCGCGCCAUUCUUAUAACCGCGUCACAUUUUGUUCCGAUAAGUAUGGAAAAAGCCACCAAGAACGACUCUAAAAAAAGGGCUGCUAAAGAAAGCGAUGAAGUGAGUCCUAACAGGGAGGAAGUUUCUUCGAAAGAACCUAAGCAAAAGAAAGUUAAAACCGCCACCACUUCUACCACUUCUUUGCCUCUCAAUACGAAAAUGCCUGAAAAAUUAGAGUUCCAAAAGCCUUCAGGAACUAUUAAGCUCGCGUCAUGGAACGUUAGCGGUUUGAAAGCAGCUUUAAAGAAGGGGUAUCAUACAUAUGUGGAAGCCGAAGAUGCAGAUAUUCUGUGUCUUCAAGAAACGAAAGUCAAUGAAAAAGAAUUUAAUGCUGUCGAUACCAAAAAAUAUAAAUAUAAUUGGUGGGGAUUUGAGAAAAAAAAAGGAUACGGUGGAAUUGCUGUAUUCUCAAAGAUUGAACCGAUUUCGGUUGUUUUUGGCCUCUCUACACAUCCUGAUCCUGAGGUUACCAAGGGUCGCGUCGUUACAUUGGAGUUCGAGACAUUGUAUUAUGUAACUGCCUACGUGCCAAAUGCGGGAGAAAAACUCGUUAGAUUAAAGGAGCGUGUUAUUUGGGAUGAGGCCAUGAAACAAUAUUUAACGCAACUAGAUGAAAAGAAACCGGUCAUCUGGGCAGGAGAUAUGAAUGUUGCCCAUAAAGAAAUUGAUUUGGCGCGUCCAGCAACUAAUCAAAGGACUGCUGGAUUUACAAUAGAAGAACGAUCCGGAUUUGACAAAAUUUUGGAUGGAGGAAAAGACACAUUUAUUGAUACUUGGCGCCAUAUGCACCCGGACACAACGGGCAGUUACACUUACUAUUCCUAUCGAUUUCAGUGCCGCACUAAAGGUCUUGGCUGGCGUUUAGAUUAUCAUGUUGUAAGCAAAAGAUUGUUGGAUAGA